UAAAACGUUUUCUUUUGUUUUUUAGAUUUCAAAUGCCUUCAGUGAAAACAAGAAAACGCUAGGAAUGAAUCGUCGAGGAAAUAAUACCGUACCUACAAUGACAUCCCAAGCAGCAAUGGACGAAAGUAGUUGGAAAAACCUGGGCGUUGCCGAGAAUUCAACGCUUCUAAAUAACUCAAACAAUUCUACGUUGAAUUCUGAUGGAUCCAAUCAAAGUGGGUUCCCUCAGAAUAACAUUGCUUACAACACAACUAACAGUCAAUAUCCACAAGGGGGUCAGUCUUCUCCUGCUGGCAAUCAAUCAAUCAUUUUCCAAAAUACAAAUCCUCCCGGAUCUAAUACUCCUCAGUACACGUCUUCGCCUGCCCCAUCUGGCUCUUCGACACCUGGACCUGUUGUACAACAAAGUAUAACUGGAUCUUAUAAUCAAUCUUCGAACUCAGCAUCGUUUAAUGGCCCAGUCGGAGGUCCGUUUGGUUCACCCUCUUCAGGUCUAGGGCAAUUUAACAGACCAUCAAGUUCAGGAGCAUCAUUCAAUUCUUCUCAGGGAAACCACUUUACAUCACAAGCAGUUUUCGGUGUAAGCGGACAAUUCAGCGCAUUACCAACGGCUUCCCCAUUUAAUCAUACAUCCAGUCAUCCAAUGAUGGCAGGAGCUCAGCAAAUAGAACGUAUGGAGCACGGAUUUAGAAGACAUAAUUCUUAUUUCAGUCAUACCGAGCAUCGUGUUUUUGAAUUGAAUAAGCGGCUCCAACAACGCACAGAUGAUAGUGAUAACUGCUGGUGGGACUCGUUUACAACCGAGUUUUUUGAGGAUGAUGCAAGAUUAACCAUAUUAUUUUGUUUAGAGGACGGUCCGAAAAGAUAUACAAUAGGGAGAACUUUGAUACCACGGUUUUUUCGCAGUAUUUACGAAGGAGGAGUGUCCGAUUUAUAUUUUCAACUUAAACAUGCAAAAGAAUCAUUUCAUAAUACAACAAUAACUUUAGACUGUGAUCAAUGCACAGUAAUAACGCAACAUGGUAAGCCGUUUUUUACCAAAGUGUGUGCCGAUGCAAGACUUAUAUUAGAGUUUGUUUAUGAUGAUUAUAUGCGUAUAAGAUCUUGGCACAUGACAAUUAAAGGUCAUAGAGAACUUAUUCCAAGAUCGGUAAUAGGCACUUCGAUACCACCAGAUCCGAUGUUAUUGGAUCAAAUAACAAAAAACAUUACAAGAGCGGGCAUCACCAAUUCCACAUUGAAUUAUUUACGACUAUGCGUUAUACUUGAGCCGAUGCAAGAACUGAUGUCUCGGCAUAAAGCUUACGCCCUUAGUCCCCGUGAUUGCUUGAAAACUACAUUGUUUCAAAAAUGGCAACGGAUGGUUGCUCCACCAGGAAAAAAGGACCCACAAAGACCAGCUAAUAAAAGGCGUAAACGAAAGGGAUCUAACUCAGGUGGAGCUUCGAACGCGGGAACGCCUCCGGUAACUAAUCAAAAGCGGUCUCCUUCCGGACCCAAUUUCUCCUUGUCCUCGCAAGACGUAAUGGUAGUAGGUGAACCAACUUUAAUGGGUGGUGAGUUUGGUGAGGAAGACGAAAGAUUAAUUACGAGAUUGGAAAAUACUCAAUAUGAUGGAACUAAUGCAGUUGAGCAUGAAAAUCAUUCUGGUUUUGGUCACGCAGACUCUCCAAUAUCGGGAUCUAAUCCAUGGAAUAUUGACCGAACAGGAAAUAUACCAUCUAGUCCUGGAAAUGCUUCAGUACAACAAAAUAAUACUAAUAUUUCUGAAAUUGAUAAAAAGAGUCCAAUAGUUUCGCAGUAGAUGUUAGUAACCAUCUAAAUUUACGUAAAUGUAUUCAACGUAUCUCAUAAAUAUGGAAAUAAAUUUGAUAUAAUUGAAAGUAACUAUA